AGGUUUUGGCAGCGAGUCGGAACUCAGGGAAGAAUUAUCUUCAGAAACCACAGCAAAACAGAACCGUUCAUGAUAAACACAGUUACAACCAAGAUGUAGCCCGGAUCCGAAAGAAGAGUUCUCCUCCGGGACAAAGAUCUGUGGAUGAACAUUUUGCAGAUUCCUGCUUCAGCUUUGCUCGGGACUUCCACAUUUAUUUCCUUUUACAUCCUUUAAAACAAUAAACAAGUCAAAAUGAGGAAGAGGCACGUAAGGCUGGGUCAGCAAGUGUGGGCUCUCCUAUGCAAGAACUGGCUUAAAAAGUGCAGGAUGAGAAGAGAAACUUUGAAGGAAUGGUUUUUCCCGAUUUUUCUACUGUUGUUUAUAUGCCUAUUUUCGUUCACCGUCAGUUUACAUCGAGUUCAUUAUGCUCCUCAAAUGCCUGAAAUGGAUCUGGGACGUGUUGAUAAUUUUAAUGAUUCUAAUUACAUUAUUGUAUUUGCUCCUGAGUCUAAAACCACCCACGAGAUAAUGAACAAAGUGGCAUCAACUCCAUUCAUGAAAGGAAGAAGAAUCAUGGCAUAUCCUGAUGAAAAAAGCAUGAAUGAGCUAGGCUUGAAUCACUCAGUAGAAGCAGUGAGAGUCAUCUUCACGGAUACAUUCUCAUAUCAUUUGAAAUUUUCUUGGGGUCAUAGGAUCCCUAUGAUAAAGGAACACAAAGACCAUUCAGCUCCUUGUGAGUCAUAUUACAACAAGAUGAUCUGUGACAAUUCCAUCUUCUGGGACAAAGGCUUUGUGGCCUUCCAAGCUGCCAUCAAUGCUGGCAUCAUAGAGAUCACAACAAAUCAUUCAGUGAUGGAAGAGCUGAUGUCAGUCAUUGGCUCCAAUAUGAAGAUACCGCCUUUUAUUGCCCAAGGAGGAGUUGCAACUGAUAUUUUCAUUUUCCUCAGCAUUAUAUCCUUUUCUUCAUUUAUAUACUAUUUGUCAGUCAACGUCACCCAAGAAAGACAAUACAUUACAACACUGAUGGCAAUGAUGGGACUCCGAAAGCCCGCUUUCUGGCUUUCCUGGGGUUUGAUGUAUGCUGGCUUUAUCCUUGUCAUGGCUACUUUGAUGUCUCUUAUUACAAAAUCGGCCCACAUUGUCGUUUUAACUGGGUUCAUGGUGGUGUUCCUUCUGUUUUUCCUUUAUGGCCUAUCUUUGAUAACUUUAGCUUUCCUCAUGAGUGUGUUGUUAAAGAAACCUUUUCUCACUGGCUUGGCUGUCUUCCUUCUUACCGUCUUCUGGGGAAGUUUGGGAUUCACAGCAUUAUAUAAGCAUCUUCCUGCCUUUCUGGAAUGGACCUUUUGUUUUCUAAGCCCAUUUGCCUUUACUACUGGAAUGGCCCAGCUUAUACAUUUGGACUACGAUGUGGAUUCCAAUGCCAAUUUGGACUCUCCGAACAACUCGUACAUAAUCGUCGCCACCCUUUUCAUGUUGGUUUUGGAUGCUUUUAUCUAUUUAGUACUGGCAUUGUAUUUUGACAAAAUUUUACUCAGUAAAUCUGGACAUCAACGGUCUCCAUUGUUUUUCUUGAAGCCAUCUUAUUGGUUUCAACACAAAGGAGAUAAACAUGUGGUCCUUGAGAAUGAAAUAGAUUCUGAUCCUUCACUGAGUGACUCGUUUGAACCAGUGUCUCCAGAAUUCCAGGGGAAAGAAGCCAUCAGGAUCAAAAAUCUUCAAAAGGAAUAUACAGGAAAACAUGGAAAAGUAGAAGCUUUGAGAGGCGUGGGGUUUGACAUAUAUGAAGGCCAGAUCACUGCUCUCCUUGGUCACAGUGGAGCUGGGAAAACCACCCUGAUAAAUACACUCAGUGGACUGUCACCCCCAACUACAGGCUCUGUCACCAUCUACAAUCAGACACUCUCAGAAAUGGAUGACUCUGAAGCCAUCAUCGAGCUCACUGGAGUUUGUCCACAAUCCAGUGUAGAAUUUGGUUUUCUCACUGUGAGAGAAAAUCUCAGGCUUUUUGCUAAAAUAAAGGGAAUUCUGCCACAUGAAGUGGAACAAGAGGUACAGCGGGUCUUACAGGACUUAGAAAUGGAAAAUCUUCAAGACAGCCUUGCUCAGGAUUUAAGUGGUGGACAAAAAAGGAAGCUGACUUUUGGGAUUGCCAUUUUGGGAGACCCUCAGGUUUUGCUGCUGGAUGAACCAACCGCUGGCUUGGAUCCACUUUCCAGGCAUCGCAUAUGGAACCUGUUGAAAGAGAGGAAGCUAAACAGAGUAAUUGUCCUUAGUACCCAGCUCAUGGACGAGGCCGACAUCCUUGCUGACAGGAAGGUGUUUCUAUCCAAUGGGAGACUGAGGUGUGCAGGCUCCUCCUUGUUUCUGAAGAAGAAAUGGGGUAUUGGCUACCAUCUAAGCUUGCAUCUGAAUGAAACGUGCGACCCAGAGAGUGUAACGUCACUGGUCAAAAAACACAUCCCUGAUGCCAGGCUGACGGCACAGAGUGAAGAAAGACUUGUCUAUAUCUUGCCCCUGGAAAGAACAAACAAAUUUCCAGACCUUUACAGGGAUCUCGAUAGAUGUUCAAAUCAAGGCAUUGAGAACUAUGGUGUUUCCAUGACAACGCUGAAUGAGGUGUUCCUGAAAUUAGAAGGGAAGUCAAUGACUGAUGGAUCAGAUGUCGGGGUUUGUGGGCACUUACAAGGCGAUGGGGCAGGAGGCAUGGGAAACCUUGUCGAGCUGGAGCAGGUGCUGUCUCUGGACUUAUCAGGAAGCAUGGUGCGUGGCAUGGCGCUGUGGAGGCAGCAGCUCUGUGCAGUUGCAAAGGUCCGCUUCCUCAAGCUCAAGAACGAAAAGAAAAGCCUGCUGAUCAUGUUAUUGCUAAUUGGCAUUAGCUUUCUCCCCCAACUUUUGGAACAUCUACUCUAUAUGAUAUCCCACAAAAGUUACAGAUGGGGACUGUCUCCAAGUAUGUAUUUCCUUUCACCAGGACAGCCACCACAGGAUCCUCUGACCCGCUUGCUGGUCAUCAACAAAACGGGUUCAAGCAUUGAUAACUUUGUAGAGUCACUAAGGCAGCAGAGCAUAGCGUUAGACAUGGAUGCCCUGGGAGCCAGAAAUGGCACAGAAGAGGUACUAUACAACGGUGCUGUCACUGUUUCGGGUGACGCAAAGGAUCUCAGAUUUUCAAUAGCAUGUAACACCAAGAGACUAAACUGCUUUCCAGUCCUCAUGGAUAUUAUUAGUAACGGGCUGCUUGGAAUCUUUAAUUCUUCUCAACGCAUUCGGACGGACAGAAGCACAGUUCUCGAUGAUUAUAUGUAUUAUGAUCAUGUAUACAUGAGCAACGCGUACUUCUGGAUACUGGCGGCGGCCAGUCUCACCCCUUACAUUGCGAUGGGCAGCAUCAGUGACUACAAGAAAAAGGUUCUUUCCCAGCUGUGGAUUUCAGGCCUUUACCCGUCUGCUUACUGGUGUGGACAGGCUAUGGUGGACGUCCCCCUGUACUUCCUGAUUGUCCUUCUCAUGCAAAUAAUGGACUGUGUUUUUAGACACGUGGAGAUUAUGUUUAUCUUUGAAAGCCUGUUAAUUCAGAUCUCAUGUACCAUUGGGUAUGCAUCGUCUCUUGUUUUCUUGACAUAUGUGAUUUCAUUCAUUUUUCGUAAUGGCAGAAGAAAUAGUGCCAUUUGGUCAUUUUUCUUCUUAAUUGUCACCAUUUUUGCCCUAGUUACUAUUGACAUAGAUUUGGAUGACUUUCUAAGACUCCUGUUCUGUACCCUUUUAAUACCUCCCUUCACAUUGCCUGGCUCCUUAUUCAUUUUUUCCGAGAUUUCUUAUGGCUCCUCGGAUGACUCAGGAGAGUCAGAGUCUCACAUCUCAUUUCUGGCAUUGCUGAUACCUUACCUCCACUUCUUCCUUUUCCUUUUUGUUCUUCGAUGUCUGGAAAAGUACGUCAGGAAGAAGUCAUUGAGAGUGGACCCUGUGUUCAGAAUUUCCCCUGUAAGCUCUAGAGCUUUUCCAAACCCAGAGGAGCCUGGAGAAGAGGAUGAAGAUGUUCACGUGGAAAGAAUGAGGACAGCAGGUGCCGUGACGACCCUACAGACGGACGAGAAACCGGUCAUUGUUGCUAGCUGUCUGCGGAAGGAAUAUACAGGCAAAAAGAAAAAAUGCUUUUCCAAAACGAAGAAAAAGAUUGCCACGAGGAACAUUUCCUUCUGUGUUAGAAAAGGUGAAGUUCUAGGGCUCUUAGGACACAAUGGAGCUGGUAAAAGUACAACUAUCAGUAUGAUAACGGGAGACACGAUGCCAACUGCAGGUCAGGUACUUUUGAAAGGGAGUAGUGAAGGUGCUGCCCUUGGGUUCUUGGGGUGCUGCCCUCAGGAGAAUGUGCUCUGGCCCAUGAUGACAGUGAAGGACCACCUGGAGGUGUAUGCUGCUGUGAAAGGACUGAAGAAAAAGGAUGCCUUGGACACCAUUAUGCGGUUGGCGAAUGCAUUCAAACUGCAGGACCAGUUGAAGGCCCUGGUAAAGACCCUAUCAGAGGGAAUGAAGAGAAAGCUGUGCUUUGUGCUGAGCAUCCUGGGGAACCCAUCUGUGGUGCUUCUGGAUGAGCCAUCCACAGGAAUGGACCCUGAAGGGCAGCAGCAAAUGUGGCAGGCAAUCCGGGCCACUGUUACAAACACCGAGAAAGGUGUCCUCCUGACCACUCAUUACAUGGCAGAGGCGGAGGCUGUGUGUGACCGUGUGGCCAUCAUGGUAUCUGGGAGGCUGAGAUGUAUUGGGUCUAUCCAACAUCUGAAAAGUAAAUUUGGCAAAGAUUACCUGCUGGAGAUGAAAGUGAAGACCCCCGCACAGGUGGAGCCCCUCAACAUGGAGAUCAUGAGGCUCUUCCCCCAGGCUGCUCGGCAGGAAAGGUACUCCUUUCUAAUGGCCUAUAAGUUGCCUCUUGAGGACGUACGACCUCUAUCACAGGCUUUCUUCAAAUUGGAGAGACUGAAGGAGAACUUUGACUUGGAAGAAUACAGCCUCUCACAGUCCACUCUGGAGCAGGUCUUCCUGGAGCUCUCCAAGGAGCAGGCGCUGGAUGACUUUGGAGAGGAACUGGAUUCCUCAGUGAAGUGGAAGCUCCUCCCACAGGAAGAGCUCUGAAGUUCGAAACCG